CGGACAGCUGUCUUUAGCUCGUGGAGGACCGACGUCACUGUUUGUGCUCGUCUGCUGGCCAAGAUGGCGGAGGCUGCGGCUGUUCCCCCGCAUCGGUUUUUCUGUCACUGCUGUAAGGGAGAAGUGAGCCCCAAACUCCCGGAGUACAUCUGUCCACGAUGUGAUUCAGGCUUCAUUGAGGAAGUAACAGAAGACUCCAGCCUCCUAGAAAGUGGUGCUAACGGCAUAGAUGACACAGCCACACAGUUUGCAGAGCUGUGGCACCUCUUGUUACUGGAGCGGCCUUUCACAACAGACAGCGACACUCCUGACUCAGAACCCCGGCUCCCCGGUGGACGCCUGGGGAGUUUCAGCGACCUGGCGGGGCUCGGGGGAGGACCAAUCGGGGGAUCUGUCCCAGCUGGCCUCGGGGGACCGAUGGGCGGCCUGCUAGGAGCCGGGGAGCACUGGGGCCCGGGACGCCCACCACGUCUGAGCAGCCAGAGGAGAUACAGGUCCAGAGGCAGCAGUCGGCCAGACCGCUCGCCCGCAGUGGAAGGGAUCGUACAACAGUUUCUUGCUGGUCUCUUUGCCAACUCUGGAGUCCCUGGCUCUCCUCCCCUCUCUUGGACAGGGAUGUUGCACUCUAACCCAGGGGAUUACGCGUGGGGCCAAGGAGGGUUAGACGCUGUCAUAACACAGUUACUAGGUCAGCUGGAGAACACAGGGCCUCCUCCAGCGGAGAAGGAGAAGAUCUCCUCUCUCCCAACUGUCAAUAUCUCUCAGGAACAAGCAGACUGCUGUAUGGAGUGUCCAGUGUGCAAAGAGGACUUUUCAGUAGGAGAGCCAGUCAGACAGCUACCCUGUAACCACUUCUUUCAUUCAGACUGUAUAGUACCAUGGCUGGAAAUGCACGACACAUGUCCAGUGUGUAGGAAGAGCUUGAACGGAGAAGACAGCAGCAGCAACCAGCCCCCGUCAGAGUCCCCCUCCCUCUCCAUGGACCCCCGCACACAGGAGAGAUGGUCCUUCUGAGACGCCCACCUGUUCCCCUCGCCCACGUCCCAGCAGCACACCGGGAAGAUUGAACGUUUUCUCACUUUCCCGUGUCUCUCCACAUCAUCACCAUCUCAGUCUGACAUUUUUUUUUUUGUUUUUUUUUUUUGUAUUUUUAAUUUUAAUGCCUUUCUUCUCAACCAGUCCGUUGAGGUCCGCUUGACCUGUAAUUUCUUUCAUUUUUCUGAGUAAAAAAAAACAACAAAACCCUAGAUUACUGUCCUAAAAACUCCUACUCUUCAGAGGAACACGUUUUUAUUUUUCACGUUUUCCUUUAAAUGUACUGCUACGUCAUGCUGCGGUGGACAAACGCCAGACUUUACAUCAAUAUCAUGCCCUCGGUUUUCCAUCCCAAGAUUAGCAAAAUCCUGCAACUGAGCCUGUAAGGCAUAUGGGAGGACUGUAGGGGACGCUUUCUCUCUCGGCCUUGGCAGAAGCACGGCAGAGCAACGUGAACACCUAUAGCACGCUUGUGAAGGUCCGCGCUCCGGCUGCCGAGGAUCAACGUCGGUCGAACUGUUUAGAUUUUUACAGUAGCUUGUUUUUAUUGGAUUAAUUGUAAAGGUGUUCAUGUUAUUUUGUCUACGCUCUGUGGUGCGUUUACAUCUCACACACACACACACACAUUAAAAAAAAUUUUUCAUGAUGAGUCGCUACUGGAAGUUUGGAAAUUCCUGGCAGCUUUCAGGACUCGAACUAAACGUACCACUGAGAGAAUAAAGCGGAAGUUCUCCUCGGCUCGGCCCUCAUCCGACUCCUCCUGGUGUGUAUAUACGUUCAAUAACGCCCUCCGUCAUUUUUAUUCCUGUUUAUGGCUGUCCUCCUUUGUUUCUCAUUCUUAUCUCUUUUCGAUGUAAAUAAUUUUAGUCCAACUUAAGGUUUGCAAACUUAAAAAAAAAAAAAGAGAAUUGAGACGCAAAUGUGAAAUACCUG